AUGGCGACCUCAACUAACGCUAGCCAAGACCCCUGGGAGCUCGCGAAGGCGCGCUUUCUCGAAGACCUUGAACCUCAAGAGAAAGAACUCUUCAUCAAUGCCACACUCGAGAACAUAUACUAUUCGACGAGCAACAUCAAUCGAGAGGAUGGGGAGAAGAGCAAGACACGCGGGGUGGUCAGGAAGCUGGGCCCGCUGGUCUCAGCAAUCGAGAGCUAUGGAGGUGUUGGGGAUGCCCUUGCGCAGAUCUCCCCUCAGUACCUAUCCCCGAUCUGGGGAUCUAUACGGAUUGUCCUGGUGGCGGCGAGCUCAUACACCAAGUUCUAUGAAAAGAUAGUGGAUACGCUGGGGAGGAUAGGUGACAUUCUGCCCAGAUUUCGCGACUACGAACGGAUUUACAACAGACAAAAGCAUAAGCGACUGUAUCAAGCAUUGUCGAAUACUUAUCUUGAUAUUGUCACCCUCUGCCACGAAUUCAGGAAGUCGAUCCGCGAGCAAAAUAAUUCGAAAGUUCGGAGAAUAUUGAGACCAUUGGCGUUCGACAAACAAUCUGAUGAAGCAAUUGACAGGUUCCGCCAACACAGGCAGAAUGUUGUGGAGGAGGCAGAGACCUGCCAUUUAAUUGAAGCGGCGGAACAACGCGAGGCCCAGCUGGUGCUUUUUGCUGAGGAGAGGCGCCGAAAACUGCUGGCAAGGCUGUCGAAGGUCAACUGGAAGCACAGACAUCGUAAACUGAAGGAGUCUCGACAUGAAGGAACCGGCGUGUGGUUUACUUCCUGUUCUGAAUACGAGGACUGGCAGGCAACAUCGGAGUCAUCUGUCUUGUGCUGCUAUGGUAUUCCCGGGUGUGGAAAAUCUGUUCUCGUAUCGAGUGUGAUCGAUUCCUUCGAUGCCAACGGCACUUUAGUCUUCUAUUACUGCGACUACGCAGACAAACGGACGCUCGAGCCGAGCAAUGUCUUCGCAACCAUGGCACGGCAAGCACUGGAGAAAGUCGAAAUCCUCCCGGAAACUCUCGCCUCGGAAAUUGAGCAAGCUGACCAUGACGGCGAGAGAUUGACGAAUCCUUCCCAAUCUCUCAUUCUACUGCAGAAGUCCCUCGAGCUUGUUCCAGGCCCGGUAUUUCUGGUUCUUGACGGCCUGGACGAAGCAACAGAAUCCUCUCAGACCCUCAUGUGUAGCAAAUUGAAGCACCUGAUCGAAAAAUACGGAUUUUCUGUCAAGCUGCUCAUUACCGCCCGAGAAGAGCUUGGGCCACUGUUCAUGCUUGAUCCAAGUAUUCCCUUCUCUCGCGUUCCAAUCUCGCCGAACGCUAUAUCUUUGGACAUUGAGAAUUACGUGAGAGCAUCAACUCGACGGCGUAUAUCAGAUGGGUCGUUGGUCAUUAGCGAUUCUGAUCUCGAACAGUUGAUUGUAAGCGAACUUGUGAACGGAGCCAAGGGGAUGUGA